AUGAAGUUUGUUUCUGGUUUUACAGUGUUUCUUUUGUUUGGUUUUGCUUUGGGAAAUGAAAUCUUCAGUGAAGAAACAAUUGCUGCUUUCAAUUUUGAUAUGGGAAAUGAAGUCGUUGAUGAAAAAAUAGUGUCUGCUUUUAAUGUUAUGGAUUAUGGAGCUGUUGGAAAUGGCCAAGUAGACGACUCCCAAUGGUAUUAUCCCUUAGGUCAUGGUUCGAACAGCUAUGUCUACAGGAUUCACGGAACAGCAUUCGAGAAAGCAUGGAAAGGUGCUUGCAAUACAAAUGUGGGUGAAGGGAUUGCAACGAUUGUAGUCCCACAAGGGAAAACCUUCCUUCUAAACCCACUCGUCUUCCAGGGUCCAUGCCUUGCCAAAGCCCUUCAUUUCCAGGUUGGAGGAACCCUAAUAGCACCCCAAAGCACAUCAUGGGGAAAUGGAGGAAUGGGUGAAUGGAUUUAUUUCCAAAGUGUUGACAAUCUCAUGCUUGAUGGACAUGGCACCUUUGAUGGAAGGGCUCCAUUUGGUGGCCACUUUGGAAUGUUCUUCGAUUGCCAACGUCGACCGGGAGCUUUACAUUUUCACAAUUGCAAUGGGCUUAAAGUAAAGGGACUGACACAUGUAGAUAGUCCAAGGAGUCAUAUUUCAGUAAAUGGUUGUAAAAAUGUUGUCCUCUCCGAUCUUCACAUUAAAGCACCACAGGAUAGCCCAAACACCGAUGGAAUCGACAUUUCUAGCUCUUCCAAUGUUCAAAUUCUUGAUUCCACUAUUCAAACUGGUGAUGAUUGUGUUGCCAUUAACGGUGGUUCAUCUUUCAUCUACAUCAACCGUGUUAACUGCGGUCCGGGCCAUGGGAUCAGUAUCGGGAGUCUCGGAGAUGGAGCAUAUGACACUGUCGAGGAAGUACAUGUGACAAACUGCAACUUAACCAACACUCAAAAUGGUGUAAGAAUCAAGACAUUUCAGGGUGGUUCGGGUUUCGCCCGAAAGAUCUCAUUCGAGCAUAUCUUGUUGAACAACGUCGAUAAUCCGAUCAUCAUAAACCAAUUCUAUCAGGACAAGGGAAGAUUACGUUCAUACGGAAUAUGGAAGAAAGCAGCGGCCAUUCAAGUGAGCGACGUCACAUAUUCUGAUAUUCGGGGAACAUCGGCCAACGACCAAGCUAUCGAUCUGGAUUGCGACAACGUGGUAGGUUGCAGUAACAUACAAAUGCGUAAUAUAAACAUAGAAACAAGUGUUAAUCCUCCCAAAAUCUAUGGCUCCUGCAACAAUGCUCAUGGAACUGCAUUUGACGUUCACCCUAAAGUCCCAUGUCUGUCUUGA